CACCGUUUGCACAUGUUCCGACCUUUUUCAUCAGAAAAUUAUUUUACAAUUUUCAAGGACUUUUCUGGAAUAUUUAACACAUAAUAAUAUGUCGUGGUUAUUUGGAAUGGGUGGGAAGGGCCAGGAAAUACCUAAUUUUCCACAGAUUCCUCUCCCGCCGUCCGAUGGAUCAGGCGGUGAUAGCAAAGAUGAUGGCAAGGGAGGAAAAAUGGAUGCUUACCGGUUCGACUCAACGGCCCUGGAAAGAGCUGCAAAAGCUGCAAAAGAUCUUGAAAAUUCACCCCAUGCCAAAGAUGCAUUGGACUUGGCAAAGAAACAAGAAGAGACGUUGCAGACUGAUAAUCAAAAGAAAAUGAAGGAAAUGGAGGCCCAAAUAGAACAAAUGAAGAUUGAACAGAUUAGGGUCUCACAAGAAGAAAGAAGGAAAAAUAUGGAAGAGGAAAGUAAGCAACAAAAACUAAGGGCAGACUAUGAAGAUAGACUUUCUCGAAACAGAUAUCAAGAUCAACUAGAACAACAGAGAAGAAUGCAAGAGGAAAACUUGCAGAAACAAGAACAGUCACUUGCCAAACAGGAAUCUAUGCGUAAAAAGACAUUGGAAUAUGAAGCAGAGCUCAGGCAGAAGACAGAAAUGGCCAAAGUUGAAGCAGAAUUAAAGGGCCAGGCUCAAAUUGAGAGAGAGAACCAUGAUUUACGCUUAGAACAGAUUCGUCUACAGGCUGCAGAGAAAAGACAAACUGUAAUGGAAUCUAUUAAAACUGCUGGAUCAGUGCUAGGGACAGGAUUUCAGGCUUUCAUUGCUGACUGGGAUAAAGUCUCAGCCACUGCAGCUGGUUUGACCCUAUUAGCUGUGGGAGUGUAUGCUGCUAAGUUUGGUACAGGAGUAGGUGCGAGGUAUAUAGAGGCCAGGCUAGGCAAACCAUCACUAGUCAGAGACACGUCACGUCUCAGUGUAUUUGAAGCAGUCAAGCAUCCUAUCAAGACAGCGAAACGUAUCUACAGCAAACCUACAGAUGCUCUGCAGGGAAUAGUAUUAAAACCUACAUUGGAAGCCAGACUUAGAGAAGUUGCAAUAGCCACAAGACAUACAAAGAAAAACAAAGGUUAUUACAGAAAUAUUCUAAUGCAUGGUCCACCAGGUACUGGAAAGACCAUGUUUGCCAAGAGUUUAGCAAUGCACUCAGGAAUGGACUAUGCUAUUAUGACUGGUGGUGAUGUGGCUCCCAUGGGCCGGGAGGGAGUAACUGCCAUGCACAAAGUUUUUGACUGGGCUUCCAGUAGUAGAAGAGGAGUGCUGCUGUUUGUGGAUGAAGCAGAUGCCUUUCUCAGGAAACGUAGCCAGGAGGUGAUCAGUGAGGAUCUAAGAGCAACAUUGAAUGCAUUCCUGUACAGAACAGGGGAACAAUCUAACAAAUUUAUGCUUGUACUGGCAAGUAACCAACCAGAGCAGUUUGACUGGGCUAUCAAUGACAGACUUGAUGAAUUGGUGGAGUUUGAUAUUCCCAACAAGGAGGAGCGUGACAGAAUGGUGCGGCUUUACUUCGAGAAGUAUAUACUUCAACCUGCAAUGGCCAAAAAGGGUCGUCUGCGUGUAGAUGAAUUUGACUGGAUUGCAAAAUGUUCUGAGAUAGCAGAGAAAACAGAAGGUCUCUCUGGCAGAGAAAUCUCCAAGUUAGGAGUAGCUUGGCAGGCAACUGCAUAUGCAUCGGAAAACGGUCUGGUGACAGAGAAAAUGAUUGAUGAAAGGGUUAAAGAUGCACUUACUGGUCACGAGAAGAAAGUUCACUGGCAGCAAGAUCAAAUAGCAAAAGGACACACUAGUUCUGAUGAACCGAUCUAUAAAUCCAUAAAGGACUCUUCCACAUAUACUCCACCAAUGGUUAAAUAACAUAAGUGCCAACUAGGAAAUUAUUCAAUUUGUAGAUAAUAGAAUUAAUUACUCAAUUCACAGUGACACGUUGAUAUGAUGUAGUGUAUUGAAAAAGUGAACAGUGAUUCUUUGUAAAAUAUUUGUACAGUGUGUACAUGAACAAAAAAUGUAUGAAUAGAUGAAUUAGAUUUUAGUAGAUUGACUACAUUGCUACUGAAGCUGUGCCACAAUAAAACGUACAGUUGACAUAAGAUCAUCUUAGAUUUGAAGAAUAGGAAUCGUAUGCUUUC